AUGUCCGUCUUCCCGCCUGCUGAUGCGGGUGCCCCCGCUACCGCCGCUCCGCCUGGCGGCUUUGGCGACAUCUUCUCUAGCCUCCUGACCACGGCCGCCUCCUCGGCCUCGGAUGUCUUCGGUCUGAAUGGCACCUCGGAUGCCGGAGCUUCGGAUGCUCAGCACCCCUUCGGCAGCCCGGUUCCCGGUGGCGCCGCGCCUCCUUCCGACCAGCCGGCCGGCGCCCCGAAGGCCAAGCGCCUGCCCCCGCGCUUUGUCUCCUCGGCCUUCGGCCUGCGCCGCACUGCCACGGCUGCCUGGUGUCCGCUCGAUCUGGCGGCCGAUGAUCUGGCUCUCGGUCAUGGUCGUCACUAUAUUGCCCUUGGCACGGCCGCUGGCGCCCUGGACCCGGGCUUCUCCAGUUCCUCCUCGCUGGAGAUCGCCGCUGUGGACUUGUCCCUCGGCGCGGAGCAUCCCAUCGUUAGCAAGGUGUCCAUUCCGGUGGCCUCGCGCUUUAACAAGAUCCUCUGGUCUGGCGUUGUGAACCCCGCCUUCCCGAAGGGUAUCAUCGUGGCUGGCCUUGAGUCCGGCGCCAUUGAGCUUUGGGACCCUGUCGCUCUACUGGCCGGCAAAACCACCACUCCUUUGAGCCAGUUUAGCGUGGCCCAUCCGGCCGCCGCCGACACCGUGGCUCCUGGGUCUACCACCCCCCCACCGAGCCCGGUCUACUCGAUCUCCCUCUGCCCGAGCCGCCCGAGCCUCCUGGCCAGCUGCGGCUUCGGUGGCCCGAAUGGCGACCUGAAGGUUUGCCUGUGGGACAUCUCGCGUCCGGAUGCCCCUCUCGCCCGGCUGCCGGCGCUGCCCUCUUCGCGCCUGGGUGCUCCCAACGUGCCGGCCACCAUUCUCAGCUGGAACUCCCAGUUUUCCCACAUCAUUGCCGUCGGCAGCAUGAAUGGCAAUGUCGUCGUCUUUGACCUGGCACACAAGCGCGAGCUCAUGGUCCUCACCCCGCCACCGCAUCUGGCCCAUACUAGCUACGGCGGCCCCCAGCACCAUUCCCACAUGGGUGCCUACCCGGGUGGCCCGGCCGGCAUGAUGCCUGGCGCUGGGGCUGGCUUCGGUGCCGUGUCCGCCAUUGCCUGGAACCCGGUCACUCCCACCCAGCUGGCUACCACCUACGAGCAUGAUCCCACCGGGCGCAUCUUCAUCUGGGACGUCCGCAACGCCCGUGCCCCCGAGCGCAUCAUCACCCCGGAGCCCGACCAUACCAUGCCCCCCUCUGGCUGUGGUGUCCUGUCGCUGGCCUGGUCGCCGCAUGACCAUCGCCUGCUGCUGGCCUCCGGCAAGGAUGGCGUCGUGCGCGGCUGGUGCCCGGCCACCGGGGCCUAUCGCGGCCGGCUGGGUGGCGGUAUCGCCGAGAACUGGGUCUUCGACGUGACCAUCUCCCCCCGGCACAGCUCCCUGGCCCUGACGUCGUCCUAUGACGGCCGAGUCCGGGUGUGUGCCAUCCGCCUGGCUCCGGCACCCCCGACCGGGGGGGACCCCCUGCUGCAUGGGCAUCCCACUGGUACCCUGGAUGCCGGGGAGCUGGAAAACAUUGACCCCUUCGCGCCGCCUCCGACGGCCGGUGGUCCUGGCGGCGCCGGGCACCUGGACGACGGCCCUGCCCUGCCGACCGCCGCCAUCCAGGACUCCGGCACUCUGUGCCUGCCGGACGCCCCGGCCUUCCUCCGGCGCCCGGCCGGUGUGUGCUUCGGCUUCGGUGGUCGGCUGGUCCGCUUCGGCCCGGGGAUUGGUGCCUCGGCUGACAGCCACUCGAUCGAGCUGACCUCGGUGGCCACCGAUGCGGCCUACAUCGAGCGCGCCGCAUCCUUCAGUCGAGUUGUCGCGCCGACUGACACCGGCGUGGUCGAGUCCCUGGGGGCCUUCUGUGGCGCCGAGCAGGCCGCUGCCGCUGCUGCCGGUCGGUCUGCCGAUGCCGACGUGUAUCGCCUCCUGCAGGCGAUGCUGGCCUCGCCCGACUACAAGUCCCUGGCCGGGGUUUUUGCCGGGGUGUACACCCCCCCGGCGCGUGGGCAUCUGUCCAGCCUGGCUGGCAGUGUCGAGGAUCUGGCUGCUCCUCUGGCGCAGCUUGAUCUCGCGGCCGAUGCUGCCGGUGGCGCCGACACCGGCUCCGACGGGCCGCUGGCCUGCCUCCUGGGCGGGAAUUUCGCCGGGGCCGCCCGAUCCCUGGCUCAUGGGUCCUUCGUGUCCGAGGCGCUGUUGGUUGCCAUGGCUGGCGGUCGGCCUGCCUCUGCUGGCGGUCCCGAUGCCGCCCCCUCCCUGUUGGAUAUCAUGCUCCGUCAUGUGCUGACCUCGCCCACUGUGGCGGCCAAUGGCGAGCAGCACAGCGUCGCCAUGAAGGUGGCGGCUGUUCUCCUGGCCGGCGACCUGUCGCGUCUGCUUGACGUUUUGGGCGUGGAGAACUGGCAGAUGAUCUUCGCCGAGCAUGCGGAGCGCUUGGCGUCCGGUGGUCGCCUGGAUUUGGCCUGCCACACCCUGCAGGUGGCGGUAUCCCACUCGGGCAACCCUGUUCCCGGCACGCCGGACGCCUUGGCCCACUUGCGCGCCCUGUUGGAGAAGUUCACUGCCCUGAGCACGGCGACCCCGGCACCGGCGGCGCGCGCCGCCCCGGUCGCCCAGCAGCAGCCCCAGCAUCACUACCAGUCGCCGCAGUCCCAGCAGCAGUCUCAGCAGUACCAGCCCCAGCAGCAGUACCAGCCCCAGCAGCAGUACCAGCCCCAGCAGCAGUACCAGCCCCAGCAGCCCCAGCAGCAACAGUUCCAGCCGUACCAGCCUCAGCCAGGCCCGGCCGCCCCCGGCUAUCAGCCCCAGCCGGGCCCCGCCGUCACUGGCACCUUUGCCCCGCUGGCGGCCGGUGGCAUGAGUGGCAGUGGCGCCGGCAGUGGCGUCUACCAGCCGCCAGUCGCAGCUCCUGCGCCGGUGCAGCUGUUCAACCCGGCGGCCAGUGUCACUUCGCCGAGCGCGGCUGCCGUGGCCCCGCCCCCUCCGACUGGCAGCAAGCCGCCCACCUCCAGCCCGACCCUCUUUGCGGGUCAGCCCUCGGCCACCGGGGCUCAGCCGGCCUUCGUGGCCCCGCCCCCGGGCGUGGCUACCUUUGUCCCGCCGUCGGCGCACAACCGCCCGAUGAUGGCCGGUGUUUCGGGUGGUGGCUCGCAGCAGCCUCCGCAUGUGCCCGGACUCAUGACCCCAGGUCGCCCGGGUGGCCCCCCGCUCGGUGGCCAGCAGCCGCAUUCGCCGCUUGGCAAUGAUCAGCUCACCCGCCCCACUGGGACCACGGCCAUGCCGCUGUCCUCGUUCCAGCGCCCCUCGACCCUGGCCCAGCCCAAGGUGUACACCAUCGACAACGCAGUGGUCGAAGAGAUCGUUCGCACUCUCUCCGGCUUCCUGGCGCAGGCGGCCCAAAGCCAGGACCCCCGCGUCACGCGCACUGUGCGGGACUUGAACAAGCGCCUUGGCAUCGCCGCCGACGGCGACUCGCCCACGAUGGCCACCUCUGAUGGGCUCUUCCCGCGGAUGCGCCGUGGCAAUGUCAGCCCCGAGAUCUUGGCCCUGGUUCGGGACUUUGCCGCCGCCCUGGCCAGCCACAAUCGCGCUCUUUGCAGCAGCACCCACCUGGCCAUCGCCACGCAUGCCGGUACUGCCGAGGUGGAUGGCCUUUCGGUUGCCAUCAAGCAGCUCCUUUCGCUCAUCUGAGCACGCAUGCCCGCGAACCGGAUUCGGUCAUUUGUGCCCAAGGCGGCCUCCUCUACUUUCGCGCGACUACCUUUGUGAAACAGCAUAAACUCCCGGCAAGAGGGGACCGGGCACUUUGUCCUGCCCCUCGGCGGCCCUCUCUCUCUC